CCCAAAAAAUAAACAAUCAAAAUGGCCGUCGGGAGAGUGGCUGGCACCGGAAAUAUCGGGUAUUCGUCGAACUACCGGACUGGGGGACGAUCGUAUCACGGUGGAAUAAAUGAGGAAAUCAUAUGGAUUAGUAUCGGGAUGGCAGUUACGAUCGCGAUACUGAUUACGCUAGCAUUAAUUUAUCUGGCCUAUGAAAAGUGCCAAAAACGUCGCCAACGUUACAUACAGGCGUGAAAAAUCUC